AUGGUGAAAGAAAAGAAAAGAGCAGACAAAAAAGGGGAUAAGUCCACCCGCUCUUCCUCCUCUCUCUCUGGUUAUCCAGAGUUUGCCAAACAAGAUGGCAGUGUGGCUAGGCAAGAGAUGUCCCCCGGUGCCGUCCCACCAUUGGAAAUGCAGCCCAGCGAAUUGGGGCCCCGAAGAGAGUCCAAACAUGAUAACCAGCAGAAUGAAGAUGCCACUCACUACGAAGAGCCCAUUCUCACCAAACUCAUAGUUGAAAGCUACGAAGGGGAAAAAGUCCGUGGACUAUAUGAGGGAGAAGGCUUUGCGGUCUUUCAAGGAGGUUGCACCUACCACGGUAUGUUUUCAGAAGGACUCAUGCAUGGACAAGGGACUUACAUUUGGGCCGAUGGACUGAAAUAUGAGGGGGAGUUUGUGAAGAACAUCCCCAUGAACCAUGGCGUGUACACGUGGCCGGAUGGCAGCACCUACGAAGGAGAAGUGAUCCACGGCGUGAGGCAAGGAUUUGGUAUGUUCAAAUGCGGCACGCACCCCGUGUCCUACAUCGGCCACUGGUGUCACGGCAAGAGACACGGGAAGGGCUCUAUUUAUUACAAUCAAGAGGGUACCUCCUGGUACGAGGGGGACUGGGUGUACAACAUCAAAAACGGUUGGGGGAUCAGAUGUUACAAAUCUGGAAACAUAUAUGAAGGUCAGUGGGAAAACAAUAUGCGCCAUGGGGAAGGCAGGAUGAGGUGGCUGACGGCGAAUGAGGAGUACACGGGUCAGUGGGAAAAGGGCAUCCAGAAUGGUUUUGGAACACACUCUUGGUUUCUAAAGAGAAUCCCCAACUCCCAAUACCCUUUGAGAAAUGAAUACGUAGGAGAGUUUGUAAAUGGAUAUCGUCAUGGCCAUGGAAAAUUUUACUAUGCCAGUGGGGCCGUUUAUGAGGGAGAAUGGGUCUCCAAUAAAAAACAUGGUAUGGGCCGAUUAACUUUCAAAAAUGGGCGUGUGUAUGAUGGCUCCUUUUCCAAUGACCACAUAGUGGAGUUUCCAAAUCUUGAAGUUGAGUUCUUAAGUCACCUGGACCUGUCUUCAGAGUCUUCCUUCAAGAGCCGGUACCCUGCAUCCUCCAUCAGUGCUGAGAUUAUCAGAAAGCUUGAUGGCAGUGAAAGUAAUUCUGUGUUAGGGUCGAGCCUUGAGCUGAAUCUCAGUUUGUUGCUGAAUAUGUAUCCUGAGAAAGAUCAAGCAGAGGAAAAGAAGCAGGUAGAAUAUGCUGUCUUAAGAAAUAUUACAGAAUUGAGAAGAAUCUAUAGCUUUUACAGCAGCCUAGGAUGUGAUCACUCUCUGGAUAACACCUUUCUGAUGACAAAGCUUCACUUCUGGAGGUUUCUAAAAGACUGCAAAUUUCAUCACCAUAAGAUAACUCUUGCUGAUAUGGACAGGAUAUUAAGUACCGAUAGUGACACUCCAGUUGAAGAAAUUCAUUCUCCAUUUACAACAAUACUUUUGAGAACAUUUCUCAAUUACCUCCUGCAGUUGGCUUACCACAUCCAUCACAAAGAAUACCAAAACAGAAGUCCAUCGCUCUUUCUGUGUUUUACCAAACUGAUGACUGAGAACAUUCACCCAAAUGCCUGCCGUGUAAAAGGCAGUUUAUUCAGUGGGCAGCAGCGGACACUCUAUUCCAUGAAUUACAUCGACAAAUGCUGGGAGAUUUAUACAGUUUACUGCAGACCACACACAGCUCCUCCCCACGAGCCUUCCAUGAAGAUGCGACACUUCCUCUGGAUGUUGAAAGACUUUAAAAUGAUAAAUAAAGAAUUAACAGCAACCAAGUUUGUGGAGGUCAUUGCAGAGGAUAAUCCUUUCAUACAUGACGGUGUUGACAGCAACUUCGAACCUGAGCUGGUUUUCCUGGAAUUCUUUGAAGCUCUCUUAAGCUUCGCACUCAUCUCUGUCACUGAACAAAUGAUUAAAACCUAUUUAAAUUUGCCAAAUGAUGACCUGUCUGGAAAUAAACAUGGAAGCUCUUACAUGACAAAUCAGAACAUCCAGAACAGGAGUUCAAGUAUAGGAACAAGCCAGGAAUCAGAUCUGCAGGACGGCAGCACCAAGUCAUCUUCAAGCAAACUAGGGCUCAUGCUUGAUCUUAGCAAAAUACGGAGAUCAGAGCCCAAGAUCAAGAAGUCUCUAAGUGAUGAAAGAAUUUCCAAAAUGAACUUUAAAUCUCCAGGAAAAGGGCUAACCUUUUUUUUAUCCCAAAAUGAGAGAAAAGAAAAAUCCAAGGACGAACAAAAGGAGAAACUUGCUGUGUGGGUCACGAGUAUGUAUAUCUUUUUCGUGAAUAUACUGUUCCCUGCACAUAAACGUGAAGAAAUCCUCAAGGAGAAAAUAAGGGAGGACAGGCUGCAUCACGCGGCCACGGCCCACCAGAGGAAACUCGAAAACAAUGAGUUGGAAGCAAGGCUGAACACCUUGAGAGAGGAAGAGGCCAGAAGACCAGACUAUGAUGUCGACAUCACUGUGCUCAAGGAACCGGCGGAUGCCCCAUCCUCAAGUUUCACACUGAGCCCCCCUAAAGAGGACACGGCAGUGUCCCAAUCCAGCAAGCCCGUCAUAAGUAAGAAAAAGAAAAAGUAG